AUGCCUGACGAGCAAGGCCAGCGUAUCGAGCGCAACUGUGGGCUUAUAUGGAAUAUUGGUGACUAUGACCUCGACGUCGAAACAAAUGACUGGGUGAAUUACGUUGCCUCGGUCAAAAGGGACUACCGUAAUAACCGCAAUGGGUGUCGGGGUAUGGCUGCAGGCGUGCCGUCUCUGGACGCGGAUCACACGCCAGAAGACACGUCUUUUACCAACAUAUCUUUUACCGACGCAUUCUGCACCGCCACUUCUUUCAGCGGGUAUUUUACGGGUCUUGAUAGACCGAUCAGAGCUCAGGAGUUCAUCAAAGUCACUCUCUUAGAGUCUCUAUCACAACAACCGCCUUCCAGCGUGCCUCCAGCGCGUUUAAGCGUGCCUCUAGCGUGCCUCUGGCGUGUCUUCAAGCGUACUUCCAGCGCGUCUAGUUGA